UGAGCAGCAGUCAGUUACCGCGCUGAAAUGUAGGGCGAUUUAAAUUGUACAGCCAAGAGGUUCAAGGAGAUUUUUGAAGUACUGACAGCUCUUGUGCACAGUCACUGUCACAAGCGGCUAAAAUCUAAAUAAUAAUGCACUUUUUGCACAGCAGUUGAGGGACGCUUGAUUUUUGACAGACACGCGGAACCAAAGUAUCGCAUUCCUUCAUCACACUCGGACGUAUUUUUAAUCCGGACUACUGUAACAUCUUGCCAAGCUGUUGCCAAGUAUGUCUGAAAUGCAGCUGUCAUGAUGAGCUGAGUGUAAAUACGCUUUUUGUUUUGUUACGCAUUGUCUGUCAAGGUGGGAUAACAAACGGCUGUUCAUUUGGGGUGUGAUUUAUGUCAAUAUGAAGUCGGGACGGCGGAGAGGUUUGAGCAGUGUCCUGUCCUCCCUGUCUCUGCUCUGUGUGGUCCUGGAUCUUCAGUUUGACGGUGUGUUAGGAGGAGCCACACCUGUUGAGAUUGAACAUCAUUUGGAAAUGGGCCGUAAACUGCUUGCGGCUGGACAGCUAGCCGAAGCCCUUUCCCACUAUCACUCAGCUGUUGAGGGCGAUUCUAAGAAUUACCUGACAUACUACAAACGAGCUGCCGUUUUUCUGGCCAUGGGCAAGUCCAAAUCAGCGCUGCCAGACCUGACCCAGGCAAUACAGCUCAAGCCAGACUUCCUAGCUGCCAGAUUGCAGAGGGGUAAUAUUCUGCUGAAACAAGGAAGUACACAAGAGGCCACAGAAGACUUCCAAGCAGUGCUGAAGCGUUCCCCGGAUAACGAGGAAGCGCUUGAUCAGCUCCACAAGGCCAGUGAGCUAGAGUUACUUCAGAGAGAGGCACAUGAUGCCCAUCACCAUGUUGACUACGUCACUACUGUCAAGAUGCUGGAUCAGGUCAUGGUGCUCUCUCCGUGGGACCCAGAGUCUCGAGAGCUAAGAGCCGAGUGCUACAUCAAGCUCGGUGAGCCACGGAAGGCCAUCAUGGACUUGACUCUGGCAACACGUCUCCGCGCUGACAACCGACCGGCCUUUCUCAAACUCGGUCAACUCCAUUACAGUUUGGGCGAGCAUCACGACUCGCUAAAUCAGGUCCGUGAGUGUCUGAAGUUGGAUCAGGAUGAUAAGGAGUGUUUUGCCCACUACAAACAGGUCAAGAAGCUGAGCAAGCAGCUGGAUGCUGCAGAGGAGCUGAUCUCAGAACAGAGGUAUCAUGAAGCCUUUGACAAGUAUGAGUUAGUGAUGAGAAUGGAGCCAAAUGUUCAGUUCUACGCUAAUAAGGCAAAGGAGAGGAUCUGUUUCUGCUUAGUCAAAAUGAGGAGUGCUGAGAAGGCAGUAGACAUAUGUUCAGAAGCUCACCAGAGAGAACCUCAGAAUAUCCACAUCCUCCGGGACCGAGCGGAGGCCUACAUCCUAAUGCAGGAAUACGAGAAAGCUGUGGAGGACUAUAGGGAGGCUCAGGAGUUCGAUCAGGAGAACCAGGAGCUUCGUGAAGGUCUUGAUCGGGCACAGAAGCUCCUCAAGCUCUCUCGAAAGAGGGACUAUUACAAGAUCCUGGGAGUAAGUAGGAGUGCCAACAAACAGGAAAUUAUAAAAGCAUAUAGGAAGCUGGCUCAGCAAUGGCAUCCUGACAAUUUCCAGUCUGAGACAGAAAAGAAAGAGGCAGAGAAAAAAUUUAUAGAUAUUGCCUCAGCAAAGGAAGUGCUUACAAAUCCAGAAAUGCGUCAAAAGUUUGAUUCCGGUGAGGAUCCCUUGGACCCAGAAAAUCAGGAAGGUGGAGGAGGGGGUGGAGCCAGAGAAUGGCCCUUUGGGUUCGACCCCUUUGAGGGCGGAGACUUCCACUUCAAGUUCCACUACAACUGAUAAUGAAGCGGCUGAUACAGUAUAAAUGGACAGUGAUAUUGACUAAUUCAGAAACAUUUAUGAAGCCUGGCUAGAGAAUAUUCAAAUUGAACUUUGGUGAAACCUUAUCAAAGUGAGACUUAAAUACAUAGGCUGAUUUGGACUUUCCCAGGAGUGAAUAACUUGUUCAGGUAACAUCCAUUUGUUUGGUGUUUGAUUUCGUCUGCUUGAAAAUACCAGAGUCGGAAGACAAAGUGGAGUCUUGAUGAACUUAAGUCUUAAACCCAGCUGAAUCAGUUCAGCUCAAAAUCUUCUAACUUUCUUUGAUUUACGUGCCAUCACUCUCAUUACUUCAUCUCUCUCCUCACUUUUAUGUUGCUUAUGUUUUCAUUGAAUGACACUCCAAAUCUAAGGGUUGUGGUUUCUUUUUUGCUGUGCCAUGCACUCCUGAUACCAAUGUCAAAUUUGGAUUCUUAAACUCUUAUGUGCCUGGCUUGAAGGAGUUAAACAGUAUUGCAGGUUUUUCCCAUUUUUCUGUCAUCUAUUUAUUUUUCCAAUUAUAAACCGAAGAGAGAAGUUUUCAGAAAUGUCUUUCUACUUCCUUAGAAGGCAUAAUUUCUGAUAAUAUUGAAGGAAGUCUGGAAAUUAACCCGCUCUUCUGCUGCUUUAUAGCCUGACAAAAGUCUGCUCAAUGAAAAUGUUUAGCUGUAAAUCAGAUGACAGGCUAUCAACCAGCAUUCACACUGUUAUUUUAUGUAAUAUGCAGCAGGUUGAUGUCCUGAUAAACAAAAAAUGCUAUCAAACUGUUACAUAAAUGUUAUGAGUUGCCACUGUACUUUCUACUUUCUCUUAAAGAAAUAUUCUGGGUUCAAUACAAUUUAAGCUCAAUCAACAGCAUAAUGUUGAGUACCACAAACAUUUAUUUUGAUUCCUCCCUCCUUUUCUUUAAAAGAUGCAAAAAUUUGAGGCACUUAAUGGAAGUGAGUAGGGACAAUUUCUGGAGGGUUUAAAGACAGAAAUGUAAAGCAUAAUUAAUGAAAACAAUUACAUGAAUUCUUCUGUUAAAACGCAUACAUUAUUUGAGCUGUGAAGUUGUGAAAUUAUGAAAUCAUUGUUUUAACAGCCAUUUUAUGUUUAAAGCGUUACGUCGUCAUGGCAAGGAAGUUGUAAAAUUGAAUAGAACUUUACACAGAAAAGGUUAGUAAGCGAUUUUAUAUCACACUAAAAUCAAGUUAAAAUGCAUAUUGUUUAUAUUUUGUGGCUGUACUUCACAUUUAUGGAUUAGCCCCAUUCACUUCCAUUGCACAUGCCUCACUGUAACCCCUCACUGUUUUUUUUUUUAAGAAAAGGAGGGAGGCAUUGAAAUCAGUUUUUGUGGUAAAGAUCAAUCAACAGCAUUUGAUUGAUCUUAUCUUGUAUUGAACCUGAAGUAUUCCUUAAAAUCCUUUGACCUCACUGAUGUAAAGGAAAUUGGUCUUCCUAAUGGUUUAUGUCUGUUUUCAUUUGUUUAAAGCUAUUUUUAAGCUACACAAAAUAAUGAAAACUCUUCAUGACAGAGUGUAUAUAAAAAAAUGUAUAUUAA